AUGCCAGACGAGACAUCACAAAACCCAGCCGCUGGAGGAGCCGAUCUAGAAGUCACUAUACUAGAUCUUACACCUGACGAUGACUUUGAUUCAGUGAGUGAAGCAUCUGGGGAUUAUCAGGCCGAUAUCUACGACAAAAAACAUUCGAUUUCUAUAUUUGUGAAGAAACAUCGCAAACUGGAAAGUGUAAAAUCCUCGCCCGAGCCUUCCAACGAAAACGCCGCUACCGACGCCUCAACUACAUCUUCGUCUACGCCAACCAGGACAGCUAUUUCACUACCGAAGUUACAGUUACAAACAUUCUCAGGUAACGUUGUUGAAUGGCACAGUUUCUACGACAUAUUUAAGUCCACCAUCCACGCAGACACCUCUCUUGAUCCGGUCCAAAAGUUCACAUACCUUCGUAGUAUGCUACAAGGCGAAGCAGCGGACACUAUCGCCAGACUCACUCUCACGGAUGGAAAUUAUUGCCACGCCAUCGACUUGUUAGUCGAACGAUACGGACAAACUCAUCAAAUUAUCGACGCGCAUACAACCGCACUUUGGACACUCGCUAAACACAUUGGUGAUGUUAAAAGCCUCAGACAUUUCUACGAUCAAAUGGAAAUACACGUUCGAGGGCUCCAGUCGCUGGGAAAGGAAGAAAAUUCAUAUGGAGAAUUACUCGUCCCUAUGAUAAGAGAUAAGAUUCCACAGAACAUUCGUUUACAAAUAGCCCACAAACACGGUAACUCGAUAUGGACACUGAAACAGUUACGAGCCGCGAUUCUGCAGGAAAUCAACGCUCUGAGUGCUGGCGACCCCUUACAAGAAGUGUCAUCACUUACACUCGAACCAGUCAUCACCGCCGCGUUUCACACUUCAACACAGUCGCCACGAAUUCAGAAGUUGUGUCCAUUCUGUUCGGGAAACCACUUCGCUUCGACAUGUACCGUCGUCCGAGAUACCAAUCGAAGACUAGACAUUGUGAAACGUGACCGUUUAUGCUUCAACUGUCUGGACGAUGACCCAACCAUCUCUGAGGUCAUCAUCCGAGAUGUCAACAAGAGACAGUAA